AUGGGACAUUGUAGCUGGAUUUCGAAAAGGAACCGUUCGAGAAAGUCUCGACCAGAUCGCCAACGGGCAAAAAAAAAGGAUACCGAUCGCACACAUAGGCAGUUACAUCUUCACCAAUCAACACUUUUAGAUGGUAUUGUUCAUGGGAACAUAAAUAACGGUGGAAGCGGAACUUUUAUUCUUAAUAAUCGAGUGCCAGCGGAAGACGAUGAAAUUUCCGAUAUCCUUAUUCCAACGCAUCUUACUUCCCUCAACGUGACCCAGAAACUGAUGUUUUUGAAGAUUCGGAAACAAGUCUUGUUAGCUGUAAUGUUUACUAUUCUCACCACAUUUACUCCAAUUGAUGUUCAAGACCAAGAAGAGGUGAAGAAUGCGACCAGUGGUGAAGAGGCGAAGAAAGUGACCAAAGUGGCAAAGGAAAACAAAAACUUGACGAAAUUCGGCCCUCACGUACCUGAUCUCCCAGAUCAAAUCGCUGAAUUUCUAUAUGAAUUCGUUGGCAAGACUAGCUUGAAUGAGAUUCGAGAGGCCAUAAAGUCAAAGAUGUUUGGUAACAACUAUGAUCAUGAAAACCAUCACGAUAAGGAUUAUAUAAUCUAUGCAUUUUAUUCAUGUUCGAGAAAUUCAAGGUGGGAACAUGAAAGACAUGAUUGGUUCAAUUGUCACAUUUGGAGUGUAAUCUUUGACCAAGCUUUCGGUGAUAUUAAUGUGAUAUCCGAUCGUCAGUUACCUAAAGUCCUUAAGGAUAUUCUGGUAAAGUUAAUGAAAAAAGUAGAUUGGAAUAGGAAAAGUGUGCUGAAUAAUCCGGAAAAUUUUCCUUAUGUUCUAAAAAUACUAGCAUCUGCUCUGAACUUAAAGACUGUGAUUAAAGAAACAUUAAAGGUGAUACAAGCAAAUGAACAGACUAUUGAAUCAUUCAAAACAGCCAGGCGCCGAAAGAGACCUCGAGACAUAAGUCAGCGGCAUUUAUCUGGUUGCAUGUCAACACUGAAAAAGGCAAAGAAGGCAAAGAAUGAAAAUGCUUGUGCCGAAGUGAAUGAUGAACGACCAUAUCCAGAAUCACCAUGCCCUGGAUCACCGAGUUCUGAGCCAUUGAUUUAA